UCGUUGUGGUUUUAGUAUGUGUAUUCUUCUUGUAAGUACACUAAGGUAUUCCAAAUCUGUUCCGGGCUACGCCUCUUAAUAUUUGCAUAAUUCUAAAUAAGUGAUAUGUAUCGUGGUCGUCGCGUGAGCUUUUACUUAUUUGUGAUAAGUAGACAAGAGUCAGCGAACACCUCCUCCCUCCCGCUGCGUGUGUAACGUGUCGUUAAUAGGCUCCUCUCCACACCUCUGGUUGCCAUAGGCUAAACAUACUGUUGACAGCUCAGUCUGCUGGAGGAACCUGCUGCUGCUGCCGCUGCUGCGUCGUGUCUCCUGCUCCUGCUCUCCACCAGAACAACAUGUUUGCAGAAAGGUGACGGCUGCUGUGGUGCGCUGGAGCUGUAGCAUUGUGCUUUUAAACAGUAGAGUCAGUGCGCCUCUGUCGCAGCCCGCAGCCAACUUGCCUCCACUCAGACGCGCUCGGCGAGUAGAGACUAGAGCAAACCGUGAGGACAGAGGCUGUGGCUCAGUGGUCACAGCUCGACCCAUGGAAUAAUAACUAUGGAACACCACUGGAUACUACUCUGUGUCGUUUUACACCUCACCUUCAGUCCAGCCAACACUAAGCCAGUUAUUACUACCACUGACAAGGAUCACCUGGUCCUUGAGCUCAAUCAGGCGUUUGAGCUGCACUGUCAGGGUGAUUCAGAGAUUCAGUGGGCGAGGGAGGAAAGGCCCAAUGUGAAGCUACGGGGUGAGAGAAAGAUGAACGGCUCCACCAUGCUGCACAUCACCAAAGCUCUGCCCAGUCACAUGGGUCGCUACGUCUGCUUGGAGAAGAGUUCUGGGGAGCAGGCGUCCAUCUACAUCUAUAUUAGAGAUCCUAAAAACCCCUUCAGAAAAUCAAUGGUGUUCAACAUUCUAACUCGUGUGGGAGACAGUGCUAUCAUUCCAUGCUUAGCAACAGAUCCAAGUUUGGACAGCAUGCACCUGGAAACAUGCUCCAGGGAAGCUCUGGCCUCUGGUCUCCAAUAUACUGCCAGCCUAGAACAAGGAAUAAUCAUCCACAACACGCAAAAGUCCUACGAGGGUUGUUACGUGUGCACUGGGAAGCUCUGGGAAGAGGACAUUCGCUCAAGUGAAUACCACCUGAUAGUGAAACAAGUGCCCAUCGCUCCGCCUGUGAUUGUAAUGCAGACGCCCCAAAGAGUCGUUCUCAUCCGUAACGAGAGUUUCUCCCUCACCUGCAACACCACCAACGUCAACGGAGAAAUCAAACUGCAGUGGGCGAUCCCACCUGGCUCGGGUGCCGUCUGGUAUCCACAGCAACCACCAAAGGUUGACGGCGCUUCACGUAUCCAGACAGAGCACUUCACCCAUGUGCGCAGCUCCACGUUGCACAUCAGAGCCGUCAGACAUGAAGAUGCUGGGAAGUACUCGUGUGAGGCUGAGAACGAGAAAGGGAUCAGUAGACGAUCAGUGCAGCUGGAGGUUUACGAAAGAGGCUUCAUCCAUCUAAAACCUACGGACAACAGAACCAUCCAUGUGCGCUCGGGUGAGAGUUUGUCCCUAACUGUUGACAUGGAGGUAUAUCCAAGACCAAAGACUCUGUCCUGGAGCUUCAUGGGCUUUGAACUGAAGAACACCACUGACCAUGUCAUCACCACGCACAGCCAAGACUAUAGGCUGGUCAGUGAGCUGAGGUUAGUGCGUUUGAAAAUGUCAGAAGGCGGGGUUUACACCUUUCGAGUCUCCAACGGUGACGCAGUGGCAAAUCAGACGUUCACCAUCUUCGUGAUCAGCAAACCUGAGAUUGUAUCUCAUGAAGGUCCAGUGGACGGACAGGUGCGGUGUGUAGCUGAGGGAUUUCCUGCUCCUCAGAUCACCUGGUACUACUGUGAACAGUCCUAUAUCAGGUGUUCCCAGCAGAGAAAUGCCACCCAGGAGAAACUCAAUGUAAUCACAAUGACAUUAUCUAACCCUACAUUUGGAAAGACCGAGGUGGAAAGUAGAGUUAACAUCAGCAGAGGACGCUUCACUACUCUGGAGUGUGUGGCAACGGUGGAUGGAGAGCAGGCCUUCACACUCUUUUCUAUCAGUGAAAGAACUGUUCCCCAUGACCUGUUCACUCCACUUCUUAUCGGUUCUGUAUCGGCAGCAGGCAUACUCUGUCUCAUCCUCAUCAUUCUAUUCUACAAGUACAUGCAGAAACCCAAAUACCAGAUUCAGUGGAAAGUCAUUGAAGGCAUCCAUGGAAACAACUACGUGUAUAUCGACCCCACCCAGCUACCUUACGAUCAUCAGUGGGAGUUUCCCCGUAAUAAUCUGCGAUUCGGGAAGACGCUGGGAUCCGGAGCUUUUGGAAAGGUUGUUGAAGCCACUGCGUAUGGGCUGUCCAAGUCGGACACUGUCAUGACGGUGGCUGUGAAAAUGCUCAAAUCUAGUGCUCACGCCACAGAGAAGGAGGCCCUGAUGUCCGAACUGAAGGUCCUCAGUUACUUGGGACAUCACAUAAACAUCGUCAACCUGCUGGGGGCCUGUACUGUUGGAGCAGGCCCUACACUUGUGAUAACGGAGUACUGCUGCUUUGGAGACCUGCUGACCCUCCUCAGGCGAAAGAGAGAGUCCUUCGUUUGCUGCAAGCAGGAGGAAGACAGCUACUACCGCAAUGUCGUGCCUCAGAGAGACACAGCAAGAGACAGCUUGAAUGGCUACAUGUCCAUGAGGCCUUCUGUUGCUGGCAACCAACAUUUCAGCCCGUCUUCUCUGAAGAGACACUCCCUGAACAAAGAUGGAAUCUACAUGGAAUCCAAUGGGGAGAGUGAGCUGUUCGACGAGGAUGGUCUGUCCCUCGUCACUGAAGAUCUCAUCAGCUUCUCCUACCAGGUUGCUAAGGGCAUGGAGUUCUUAGCCUCCAAAAAUUGCAUCCACAGAGAUCUGGCAGCCAGGAAUAUCCUCCUGACCCAAGGCAGAGUGGCAAAGAUCUGUGACUUUGGUCUGGCCCGAGACAUCACCACAGACUCGAACUAUGUGGUCAAAGGAAACGCACGUCUGCCAGUUAAAUGGAUGUCCCCAGAGAGCAUCUUUGAGUGUGUGUACACAUUUGAAAGUGACAUAUGGUCCUAUGGAAUCCUGCUUUGGGAAAUCUUCUCAUUAGGAACUAGUCCCUACCCUGGUAUGCCUGUGGAUGCCAGAUUCUACAAACUGAUAAAAGAAGGAUACAGAAUGGAAGCACCGGAGUUUGCACCGCAUGAAAUGUUUCAGAUAAUGAGGGACUGCUGGGACGCUGACCCUGUUCACAGACCCCCCUUCAGGAAGGUCGUGGAAAGGAUUGAGCAACAACUUUCAGACGCCACUAAACAUAUUUAUCUGAACUUCAGCCUCAGGCUUCCUGUGACACCUAGAGUCUCAGAGGAGCCUAGUCCUCACAAAGCAGCAUAUCAUAAAGUCAGCUCAACUGGCACAAACAGUUCUGUGACCCAGCCCUUACUGGUCCAGCACGAGGUCUUCCUGGAAGGAACCUCCCUCACAGCCCAACGGGUCUGAGCACCCACCUGACCUGUCUGGCUGCCUCAUAAAGUGCCUGAAUUGUUCCACCGCUAAGCAUCCAACCAUCAGACCAGCCCUCUGUUCCAUAACCUGCAGCAGUGUCACAUGUUGCAGGAUAGAAAAGCAAUUGCCAUGUUGAACAAGAAAGCACAAAGGCAAAGAGCUUUCAUUAUUGCCUAUAAAUGACAGGACUAACAUUUGGAACACUGCUACUGACAACUACUCACAACAAAGACCUGGUACCAGGGAGGGACAAGAGCUGUUACUUUAGAACUGUCACACAGUUCCUACUGUUAUACACUUUGUUUUUUUCUGCAGGUUUUUUUUUAUUAUUACAUUUCCACAACAUUUCAUAAAGUUUGUUUUGUGGUUUUUAGACAUUCCAUUCAAAACAAAAGCUGAUGUUUUUGGUUCUGUUACUUUCUUUCUAUAUGUCUGGUUUUGUUUGUUUUGUUUCAUUAACAAAUAUGUAGCGUCUUCGAUUUCAGUUGGCUUUUCCCAGUGUUGGACGAAGAAAAAAAAAAUCAAGACACUUGAACUAUACAUCAUUCCAUGCUUAGUGUAAAUGCAGCUUUUCUUUCUUUUUCUCUCCUUUGUCAUCAGUAUUAUUUCCAACUGUUCAGGUUCAAGUUUAUAUGAAGGAGAUGUUUGUUUGGGGGCCAAUUUGAAUUAUGACUUUGAAACUCUGGUGUAUAAGCUACUAAAUCCAAGGAUACUGAUGCUGAAGUUGCAGUAAUGCAGUCUGGGCUGAGUGACCACUCCUACUAGAUCUGAAUAUUAACAUUACAAAAUAGAACUUCACCAACAGCGGCCCCUACAGACAUGGUACGCUUGCUUUUCAAUUAUGUGCUCAUUGACUGUAAAUGUAAAUACUGGAAAGUAAUGAUGAAUGCUGUAUUGGAAAAAAAUGCUGAAAUGGAAAAAAAAUGACAUGAACAGCAUUAAGUGGAUGUUCCUCUUGUAAAGCUUUGUAAAUAACUGCUGAGGGAAUUAUGGGGUGUUUUUCCUGCCACUACAAUAAGUGUAUGAGCUGUGUUUACAAGAAUGACAAAAGGUACUGCCAUUCCAGAAAUGUGUUGUCUGCUUCAAAAUGUCUCAUCCUUCAUAUGGGACGUCUUAUGUCUGACAAGCUGCUGAUGUUUUUUUUGUUUUUUUUUUGCCGAUGCUACUGCUGCACUGCUGCGUUGUUAGGUGUGGCUCAUGGUUAAAAUUGUGCUGGAGUGGACUGCAUAGUUACCUGAGAUGACAACCACAGACACAGACAGAGUUUUUCUUAGGCUUUUGAGAUGCGUUCACCUAUAAAAGACACUAGGGUUGGCAAUCUCAGUUCUCCAAUCACAAGCCGGUUUCCUUUUUUCAAUAUAUCCACUGUCUUCCAAAGGUAGACGGGGUUCUUGUGUACAGCAUGUAGUGUAUCAAUGCAGACCAUUUUGAUUCUCCUCUUCCUUCAGUUUGAUAAUGUGAAGAGCAUUAGUAAAGUGUCUUGUUGGUGUGUAUGUGUCUGAGCGAGGGUGUGUGUGUGCGUGUGUAGGUGAGAAUCUACAUUCCUUGUGUACAUGUAUAACUGUAAGAUUUAGAUAUUCACUGUCCAGACGUGCCACAUAUUCAUCAAGUUUGUCGGCUUUUAAACCCAACGGUCUUACAAAUUUGUCUUUUUGUAAAUACAAAGUACAUAUAGAUUCUGAGUCGAUGUUACUGCUUUUAAAAUGUGUCUACCUGCAUGGAGACGUGGUACGCUGACGCAGACAUUUUACUGACUUCUUUUUUGUUGUUGUUGUUCUGAUGUGCGCACAGAUCUGCAAUUGUUCAUUUCCCACCAUGUCUCCAUAGAAACAGACCUGAUUUAAUUUGUUAUUUAUUUCAUCGUGAGUCUCUCAUCAUGUCCUCGGAAAUAUUAGUGUUCAAAACUACAUAUUAUAAGGAACGAGCUGUAACGGAAAAUUGGUUAUUUCACGUCUGAACGCUCCCUAGCACCUAAAGGUUUUCCUGCGUUUUGCUACAUAUUUCUAAAGGCUUUAGUAUAAAGACAUAAACAUGAUGUGUUGCAAUAACAUGUGUCAAUGUAAAUAAAGAAAAACAUGUAUAAUAAA